CUGCCAUCAAAUAGUGAACGGUAUUGCGAACGACGUACAUUCGGUUUCAAUGAGUAAUGAGGAUUGGUCGAAUUUAGGGUGAAAGACGAGGAAGCAGCGAGCGUAUUGUUCUGCGAAGGGAAGCCGGCCUCGGAAGAGGAUCCCUUCUAUAGUUUCCAUAUGUGCAGUAUAUUAGGAUAUACAAAAUGGCCGAGUGUCCAACUUUUCCGUGAACGUCUUGUGCUGAUGUCAACAAAUGUCAUCUGUCUUCAACGAAUUUAAAACAGAAUGUCGCGUAUGAAUGGAGUUGACUAAGCAGUGAUACAAACGAUGAUUGAAGCGUGAUCGUUUCUCGUAACGUUUUUUUCGCGCCUUUGAAGGAAAAAAAUCGCUUUGUUGUUUUUUGUUUUUUUUUCUUUGGGCCGCCUGGCGUUUUGUCGCGCAAGAUUUUCGGCGGGAAUAACACGGCUAUGUCAGGAUAUCGGCGAGUAAAUUACUACGAGCUGUGUCGAUUGUGCACCAACAGCGAAGGCAACAGAAUUCAUAUAUUUCGGGAUGAUGGACGUCGAAGACAACUUCAAACGAAAAUUGAGUCGUAUCUACCAAUUCAGAUUCAUGAGGAAGAUUCGUUGCCAAAAGUGGUGUGCCAUGAUUGUGUCAGGAAACUGGAGACAUACAUAGAGUUCAGAGAAACUGUUGUCAGUGCCGAAAGUAUGCUGGAGUCAUAUUUUACCUCGCUGCGCUUUUCUGAUGAUUUUCUGAAAGAAGGAAAAGUUUAUGUUAAAAGUACGGAAAAAGAGAGACCAACAACACCUCAAGAUGAUCCUCUGAAGUCCAUAGAAAAAUUACCCAGUAGCGGCGAAACACAGAUUAUCACUGCCGUACCUACGCAGACUCAGCAUCAACAACCUGUUGUUGUUGGCAACGUCAAUGCCUCAAACAUUCAAAUAAUUAGUGGCGUACAGGCCAGGGUUCAGCAAUAUAAAUGUGCCAUGCAGAUGCAACCAGGAGGCGUAGCAUCAGCUGUAGUAGAAGCAACAGCGGAGACACACUACAGCUACCAGCAACAGACGUCACAGCAAGUAUCUCCGCAGGAUAAUUCAGCUCAUGGUCAAACACGGUUGAAUGAUUCUCAGCAGCAGCAGCAGCAGCAGCAGCAACAGAGCCAAGGUCAAAUGCAUCAAGUGCAAAAUCAAAUUCAGAGCCAAAGUCAAAUGAAUCAGCAGAUACAGAGUGCGAGGCAGGUCCCAACUCAGCAGGUGAUUCAACAGUCGCAGAUCGUUCAGCAGGGGAAUCAAGGCACGGUUGUGAGUCAGCAAGGUCAGGCACAACAGCUGAACCAACAAAUUCAGCAGCUGCACAGACAGCAACGAGAAUUCGACAAGCAGCAGCGACAGCAAUUACAACAAAUCGAAAAGCAGCAGGUUCAGUUGACGCCCCAGGAACAACACCAGCAACAACAGCAGCAUCAACAGCAGCAGGCUAAUCAACAAAUAAUGCAGCACCAAAACAAUAACGUUCUGCUGAAGAGCGAGGUCGUGACUGAUCAAAGUCAACAAAUAACACUGAAAGUCGAGGCCGAAUCGCAAAACAUAGGAUCACCUUCGGAAACUGUGCAAACUUACACGACAGUUCAGGCGUCGCCAGAAGUAUUUCUUAGUCUUGGCCUGACACCACAGGCGACCCAACGCGAUGACGUCAAAGAUUUUAAAGACUACAUAAAAACGAAUUCGUCCGAGGACGCGAUAACGAGAAAUUCGAUAGGACAAAUAUCGGAAUUUCUACGUAUACGUUCAUGUCCGGAUCCUACCCCUCUCAUCACCGUUAAUCCAGCGGCUAUCUGUCAAACGAGCAGAGGGGAGGUUUGCGCCGAUUGUGGCAAAAGUUUCGAAACUUUGAACGAGCUUAACGGGCACCAAUGCCCUUCGUCGCCGAUGAUCAGCGACGUUUCCGACAUGAAAGAGGAGACGGCCCCCAGCAAUGGGAACUGUUUCAGCUGCGACAUUUGCGGCAAGCCGUUCAAACGAAAAGAACACUUGUUCCAACACCGUAAAUUACAUACCGGCGAACGUCCUUACGUCUGUACCACUUGCACCAAAGCUUUCAGCCGCAAAGAACAUUUGGUCCGACAUUCGGUCUCCCACACUGGCCAAAAGAUGCACGAAUGCGAAAUGUGCGGUAAGAGCUUCUCCCGCAAGGACAAUCUCCACAAACACCGAAAAACUCACGGGGUUUCCGGGCCCUAUAUCUGCGAGACCUGCGGAAAAUCUUUCGUCGUUAAGCAUUACUAUCUCAUGCACCUUACUACCCACGCACCUAGCAUCAUGGACGGGGCCGGAGUUCAGGAUCCUCUGCCUUACAAAUGCGAUCUUUGCCAUAAAGCUUUUUCCGUCAAACAAUAUUUGACAACUCACAAGUUGCGCCAUAGAUCGAAACCUAAUUCGGCCAAUUCAAACACCCAGCAACAGCAGCAGCAGCAGCAGCAACAACAACAGCAGCAACAACAACAACAACAACAGCAACAACAACAACAAGGGACAAAUGCAACUGAAACCGCGGAAGCUCCGACUCCCGGAAACACUCAAACCAACAUUGAAUCUCCGGUCGUCGAGAUACAAAGCGUGAUCGAAAGAAACGAUCAAAAUCACGCCUCCUUUGAGAACAAUCAGUACCACGGGAACGUGCAACAGUUUCAAUGAGAUAAGGGGAAGCGCGUCUAUUAUGUUCUCUUACCCAACGGCAACAAUCACAAGAUCGUCGUUGUAUGAGAACCACGAAAAAGAAUUCUUUUUUUGUUUUAUUACGUUUUCACCUAUUCAUGGACGCGCUUAUCACUGUGGGUGCAAUUCUGUUUCUUUUUCUGUUUUCCACCCCCAAUGGAAAUCUUACCCCCCCCCCCCCCCCCCUCCCCUUUCAGUUUUGUACUUUGAUACGAAACUUAAUGGAAGCGCCGCGAUUUACCUAGCGAUCUGUCGACGUACCCGAAUUUGCGUAGACCGUUUGAAAAAAUGAUGUCUGGGGGUAGAGAUCAUUUUGCAGAAAAUGAGGAAAAUACAGAAACUCGUGAUCCACGUGUUCAAUGUGGAAUCGCUAGAGACUGAAAACAUACAAAAUAUGAUGUAAAUAUAUUUUAAGAGAAGAGAAAUUCAAAAAAAACGAAGUAUUGUCUUGGCAAAAUUCCAAGUCGUUUAAAAAUGACGGAAAAAUAUCUAGCAAAAACCGAGCUUCAAAUUGAUGGAAAAAAUGGUGGUGAAAACUUCGAGUCGGAUUAAAUUGCACACAAAGGAAAGAAGAAAGGAGAAAAAUAACGUACUACUAGUUACUGUUAUAUUGCAGAUAGAAUAUAUGUAACGGGAUCUCUGAGUCGCGUUAUUGACUAUUUUUUCAAAAAAUUCCACUAGAAAAAUAUUUUAUAUCAUUACUCGAGUAUCGUUAAUUUUUUCCUUUUCGUCGACGUUUUGUUCUAAUUUUCAAAUCUGCGAACGCUACGUUCGUUGAAUAUUGAAAGAAAAUAUUUUCUUUUUUGUUAAAGUAGUUCGGCCGUUCUAUGACUAGUCAAGUAAGCAACUACUUUAUGUUGAUUAAAUUGAAGUCUAAAUUAUUAAUAAAAUUAAUAAACAAUUACAUUGUGAAUAUUUUUAUCACAAGAAUGGAAUAAAAUGCUUUAAAAGUAUCAUAAAAGAUAAAAUUUAUGCUUAAACUUGGCUAAAUAAUGAUUGAGCCCGACACUUUAAAUACACGUAGCCUAGAGAACAUUUUUUUUGUGUGAAAGAAAGUUUAUAUCUGUGUAAUGGCAUCGAAAAAAAAAUUGGUCAAUUUGUUACAAAAAGCGAAACUUCUAGACGAAUCAAAGCACGCGAGCCAGUCUCAAAAAUAAAUUUGGUGAAAUUUCCGCGAUUUCCGACUUUGCCCAAAGUUCAAUCAGCUAUUACCAGCAGUCCAACGUAAUGACUGACAUCCGCUCUUGACACGUCAAAAACUUAAGUUUUUUCAUGUUUUUUUUUCUUAAAAACCCGGUAAGGUAAUGCUUUUUUUUAAAAAAAACGGAAUCUGUGAUUUUUCUUCACGACAGAAACUUUUUCGGAGCUCGAAUACCGUACAACUUUUUCACAAUUAAUAUAUAUAAUAUUAUUGUGAGUUCUCCCGUAAGGUAUCAUGUUAAGAACUCAAAAUUGUGAAUGAAAUGAUUCAAAAUUUGGCCCCGGAACUGUGCUUACCGUUAUCAGGGGACCUUAAACUUUCAUUUAUCGCAAAAAAGUGGACCUCCACCGUACUUUUACGAACGGCCGAACUACUUUAAGAGCCACGGAAUUGAAGCAUCGCUGUUCUAUUUUUCCGUUUGAUUUCAAAUCUAACGUCAAUAUUUUUAGAAUCUUUUUCUAUCUACCGAAAAGUUUUCUCCAUUCGUAUUCGAUUUGGAAGAUGCAAAACGAUAAAAUUGUCGAGAAAUUCAAAUGAAAAAUUCUCGAACAAUUGGUCGUCGGUAUAAACGAGUUUGAUUAUUAUUCGAUUGAAUAAUCGUGUAAUUGUAAAGCAUAUUUUAUUUUAUUUUUUCAAGGUAAAAAAUCUUGCUAAUAUUUGGUUUAAAAUAACCAGAUUUCGUCAAGAAUCAUAACAAUUGAUCGAUGAGAAAGACAUCGAAAAAAAUCUACUGUAAAUAGGCGACUGACACAAAAGAAAAACAGAUUGGUCAUAAUGUGAAGCCUGUUGAACGGAUACAACAUUAUUUUAUGUGUAACAAAGAAUUUUUAUCGCAAAUGAAAUCUUCACACGUAAAGAAUGAAGUUUCUUCGAAAAUUUAUUUUCGUUUCAUUGUAGCAUCGGUACAAUGUUCCAAAACUGGUACAGUACGAAACGUUAAAUUCACGUACGAUUCAUUUGAGAGUCAAUUGGCCAAUUCCGUGGCUCUCUGAUAAAAAAAAUAAAAAUAAAAGUAUCAAAAAGAAAAACAGGAUAAUGUCCAAAAACAAUUAUUGUGCUAGAUUCGUAAACCUUUUAUCGAUAUAAUUCUUACAUUUAAACGUACAUGUGUGUAUAUAAAUGUAUAAUGAAUAGAAAGAAUACGGGAGAGAAGAAAUAGCGUGUGAAGAAUGUGAGAAGGAGAGAAGUAGAAAUUUUGAGACCAAAGAAUAUAUUGUGUAUAAAUUCUAUGUGUAAUAAUUGCAACUUAAGUCAACCUAGAUAUUUGGUGUAAGUGCGGGAAUAUUCAAGACUUUAUACACACAGAAAACAUACGGGGCAUUCCACGUCAAAUCAGCGACUUCAAAACUUUUGGUUUUGAGCAUCCUUGGAUGCCGAUCGUAAAUCGUUUAUUUUGUAGUGCCUCUUUAACCCAAAAGGAUUGCAACAACGAUCUCGCCAGAUCAGAACUGUCCCAUCGAUAGUUUCCAUCUCAUCAAUGGUUUAUGACUACUUUCUCUAUUAAACUUUUUGAACUGCUAUUCGACACUUCGCUUGUAGUCAAAUAGGAUCUAUAAUUCAAAAUGGUAUUGCACGUACGAAACAUCACUUUUGGUUGAAUGUCCAGGCCUAAAACUAAGAUUUUAUUGGUGAAUUUUUUUUUCAAAAUUACGAAAAAAAAUAUAACCAAAUGAGAUCCCAUAACGCAACUAGUCUUAAAAAUCGUUGGAUUAGUUGAAGUUUUUUUGAGAAUUUUUUGAAAAAAAUUGAAACUGUCUUAUUGCCUGAAAUUAAUGGUUUUUUGCUUAAAACUGCGACAAAUUGAUUAAAAACUACACCAAUGAUUUUUUUUUUAAUAUCUUCGAAAAGAACACUCAACUUUAAAAAAAAAAGUUCAAUUCGGCCCAUUUUUCGGAAAGUUAUAGGGAAAAGAAAAAAAAUCUCUAUUUUUUUCCAAAAAUCAUAACUUAUUAUCCAAUCGACUAAAAAUUAUAGAAAAAAUCAAGAGAGCUCCUUUCAAUGGUUAUAACAACCUGAAAAAUUUUGAACCAAAUCAAAAAUCCAAAAGUUAUGAAGUGGCUGAUUUGACGUGGAAUGCCCCAUACAUAACAUGUGUAUUUAUGCAUAAACAGAAAUGCGUACAUAUUGAUUGAGGUAUAUGGAAUAUUUCACAUUAUUGUGACAUUCCUAAAUUAUGGUUCCUCUAUUCGAAGGAUUUUUUGAUGUAUCACUCCUGAAGAAAGAAAGCAAAUGUAUUUUCGGAUUUUUCGAUUUUCGUAGUUCUCUGGAGUUUGACUUUUUGCUUGGCAGAGAAUGAAACAAUUUUCUUUCUAUGGUAAACUUUUGUUUUAAGACAAGUGAGGAAAAGAGAGUUUGUUGUACCAGACUCUCAUAUCCGAAGGUUGGCAUUUUUAAUUCAUUGCUGAUGCUCAUUUGGAGAUAAGUUGAUAGAAUGUUUCAAAAAUUCUUGUCAAGUCGACUCGCGCCAUUUUGCGAAAAAAAUCCGUUCACUUAAAAUUUGCGCUCAACAAUUUUGCACAUGCACCCAUAGUUUUAGAAAAAAUUCAUUUUUUUCGAGACUCAAUAACUGUGUAAACCUGCUGUGAAUGAAAAAGUGGAAAAUUCACUUUAAUAUGAAAAUCGAUGAAAAGGCCACAUAGAAAAAUCCUAAAAUACGUGCCCGUUUCUUAUGUGAAAAAAUGUUGUCAAAAAUCCUCAUGAAUCAAGAGAGGUCUGGGAUUUGGAAUGCAACAGUUUUGUAAAAUGUCCCAUAUAUUUAUAUGCCCCAUAUAUAAAUAUAUAAAUAGAGAAUUUAGAGUGCCAUUUUGACCAAAACCGAUGCAUUUAAACAAUAAGAUUAUUCAAAAUAUUAUUCUCGAUCAUUUAUUCAAUGGCAUCGCGAUCAUCUAUCACUAUCGACGAAUGAAUAUCAAUAAAACUGAAUUAAUAAUAA